GCUGGUGGUGGCGGCCCGAAGUCGGGCGGCCACUCACUGGCUGGAGGGGCGCAGCGUGGGCGUCAACGCACUGGCCAGCGACUUCACCGCAGCCGAGACCUACCUGCGACGCCAGCAGGUGCUCCUCCCAGAUUCAAAGGCUAGAUCUGGUGAUUUAUACCUGUCAUCCACUAAGGAGGCUGAGGCAGGAGGAUUGCCUUGAGUUCAAGGCCAGCCUGGGGCUACCUAAGAUCCUGUCUCAAAAACAAACCUAUCGGCAGCCUGCCGUGCUGGGUGACUCAGGCAUGGAUCCCCACCUCUGGGCCUCAGCUUCCCUCCUUAACUCUGGGAAUGCUAGACAGAGAGGCGGCCCCGCGCGCCCCGACGCCAAACGAUGCUGCCCUACCGCCGGCGUUCUCUGGCUCUGAGCUUGCGCGAGGCCACGCCCCAACGGUGCUAUUGGUGGAGCUCCUUCCGGGAGGCGCCGCUUUCUCGCCGGCCUCCGCUCUCCUCACGCUACUGGUCUAGUCCCUGGGAGGGCGGGGCGCGGCUUUGCUCUUAGGCCUCGCCCUUUGCCUCACUAUUGGUGGAACCUGUUCAGGGAGGCGUGGCUUCCUAAGGCACCGCCCACUUCCUUUAUAAAAGGGACUCGGCGGCUUCGCGUGCGGGUUGUGCCGAUAUUGGUAGGCUGGCGGUGAGCUCGCGGCCCCCAGGCGCUUCCACGUCGCGGGUUCGAGCCCCAAGUCGUUGUGCAGUGGGCUCGCUGCCCACAGCGCAAUGCUGCUCGACAAGGUCAAGGCAUUCGCGGUGCAGCUGGCGGGGGCGCGCGCGGGCGCAGAGCCGGUAUUCCGUGGUGGCCAGGCCGUGGAGGGCCGGGUGUUGCUGGAGCUGGCGGGCGCGGCGCGCGUGGGUGCGCUCAGGCUGCGCGCUCGGGGCCGCGCGCACGUGCACUGGACGGAGUCACGCACCGCGGGCUCCAGCACCGCGUACACGCAGAGCUACAGCGAGCGCGUGGAGGUCGUGAGCCACCACGCCACGCUACUAGCGCCAGAUGCGGGGGAUACCACCACGCUGCCCGCAGGACGCCACGAGUUCCCCUUCAGCUUCCAGCUGCCUCUCUCCCUGGUGACGUCCUUUGAGGGCAAACACGGCAGUGUCCGAUACUCCAUCAAGGCCACCCUGCACCGGCCCUGGAUCCCCUCACGGCGCGCUAGAAAGGUGUUUACUGUCAUUGAACCCGUGGACAUCAACUCUCCGGCCCUGCUGGCCCCGCAGGCUGGAGCUCGGGAGAAGGUGGCACGGUCCUGGUACUGCACCGGAGGCCUCGUGUCCCUGUCGGCCAAGAUCGACCGCAAGGGCUACACACCAGGCGAGGUCAUUCCCAUCUUUGCGGAAAUCGACAAUGGUUCCACACGCCCAGUGCAGCCUCGAGCGGCACUGAUGCAGACGCAAACCUUCAUGGCGCGUGGUGCCCGAAAGCAGAAGCGCAUGGCGGUGGCCAGCAUGGCUGGCGAACCCGUGGCCCCUGGGUGCCGCGCGCUGUGGCCCGGUCGCGCACUGCGUAUUCCGCCCGUGGGUCCAUCCAUCCUGCACUGCCGCGUGCUUAGUGUGGACUACUCGCUCAAGGUCUGUGUGGACAUCCCAGGCUCAUCCAAGCUGCUGCUAGAGUUGCCGCUGGUAAUCGGCACCGUACCACUGCACCAGCUGGGCAGUCGCUCUUCCAGUGUGGGCAGCCGGGCCAGCUUCCUGCAGGACUGGGGCCUGUGUACCCUGUUGGAGCAGCCUGAGGCACCCCCUCCGUACUCAGAGGUGGUGGCAGAGGAUGAGGUGGCAGCACGCUCGCCCUUCCCACUUCUGCCUGACCCUGUCAUGAACCUGGAUGGCCCCUACUUAGCCUGUCUGCAGGAGUUCCGAUACCACCCACCACCGCUGUACUCUGAGGAGGAUCCUAACCCACCCUCGAGGGCUGUGAGGCUAAGGUGCAUGACCUGCUGAGUAACAGACAUGUGGACAACCAGGUCUGUAGUCCCCACAGACAACUGCACAGGCUGCAUCAGGAAAACUGAGUCUCCGAUGAUGCAAAGCAUGGUUGGACAUCACACAUGACCAACGAGGAACACCUGAAGACCUAUUUCUGUGGACUGGGCAUCCUCUGGAGGCUUCUGGUACCCAGUAUGGAACCUGAGAUGGUUCAACCUGCCUAUAUGAUACAGCAGCCUGCCCCGGCCCCAGGACUGUAGACAGAAGGGAAGAAACCAGAUGUGGGUACUUCUGAUCUCAUAGAACCUGGGAGAAGUCAGAGGGGAGGCCAAGAAGGAGUCUGAAGGGCAUUUCAUCUGAGGCUUUGAUAUAUGAAUAGGAGCUCAGCAAGCAGCCAAGCACAGAGGAAAAGCUGGAGGUCAGCACUGACCAAGGUGUCUGUUCCCUCCAUCUUAGAACUGGGGGUCCAGAUGCGCAGGAGUCUUAGUUGUGGCCACACCGUGGGGGUGGCAGGAGAGAAGGCCCAGGGAAAGGCAUGUAGGAAGGUCACUGGCGUAGUCCCAGGUUUUGAAGACCUCUGGCCCAGGCCCCCAAAGCCCGAGAGCUGUUAGGGUGAUCUGAGCCCACCCAGGUCAAGACGCUGUAGAUGAGACCUGCCCUAGAGGCUAAGAAUGAAAACAUGGGGCCUCGCUCAUGGGCCAGGGUCAAGAUGGGCCCAGAUGACCUGGCAGGACAGACGGAUAGACUUGUGUGUUCCCUGAGGCUGGUGCCUGUGGCUGGUGGGAAACAAUUGCGCUAGCCCCCACUUCAGAGCCCUACCAUGCUGAGGCAGGCCCCACUGGGAUACAUUUUUGACAGGCCUUAAAUCAUUACCUUUUGUACAAUUUCAAACAAUAAAAGUGGGAGGAAGAGGA